AGGAGAAAGUUAAAUAAAACAAGCAAAAAUCAAUACCGUCGGCCAUCGCUGUUCCAGAGAGAGAGAGAGAAAAACCGAAACCCAAUGGCUUCUGCACAGAGCAAUGUCCGCCAUGGCAAUUGCUUACUUCUGCUAAUGCUCGUUGUGGCUCAGAGAGCUCUGUGUAUAAGAAUCCCCAAUCAGAUCUCCGACUCCGCCAGACACCAGCAGAUCAUCCACCACCAGCCCUCUCUGAGAACGGCAGUUUUCGCUCUCGGAAGCUUCUGGAGAUCGGAGGCCGUCUUCGGUUGCCUCAAAGGCGUUGUACGGACAACCGUCGGUUAUGCCGGCGGAUCCAAGAACAACCCUGUCUACCGGAGCUUGGGCGACCACGCCGAAUCCGUCCAGGUUGAAUAUGAUCCUAGGCUUAUUAGUUUCCGGCAACUUUUGGAUGUUUUUUGGUCUAGUCAUGAUUCUAGGCAAGUUUUUGGGCAGGGACCUGAUGUGGGUAACCAGUACAGGUCUAUUAUUUUCACUAAUGGAACUGAAGAGACCAGAUUGGCUGCUUUGAGCAAAGAGAGAGAGCAGGCGAGGUCGAAAGUUAGCAUCGUGACCACACAAAUUCAAUCACACUGGACAUUUUAUCCCGCGGAGCCUGAACAUCAGAAGUUUGAACUCAAGCAAAAUCAAUUCCUUCUCCAAUUAAUCGGAAACUUGUCUGAAGAAGAGCUCGAGGCUUCAAGUCUAGCGACAACAUUAAACGGCUAUGCGGCAGAGCUUUGCCCUCCCGAGAUUCAGAAACAUAUUGAUGCAAAGAUCAAUGACAUUGUCAAAAGAGGUUGGCCCAUGUUGAGAGAUAUAUAGUUUGCUGUUGCCUUAGAACUUUUCACCAAUUUGCUCAAUCAAACUCGAACAAUUUUUGCACCAUGUGAGGUGAGUUGCGCACAAGCCCACAAGCUUUUGAAGACGCAACGCGAAACGUUUAAUUCAACCUUUCAGUCCAUGCCCUGAGAGUUUCUUUAUUGAAGUAAAGUUUGUAGAUUUCUAACCUCCUUGUGGUUCCUUGUAGUGAUUGAUCAUUUAAACAGGAAGUUUUUGUAAUUAUAAUGUUUAAACUUCAAACACCAUAUUCUUUGAUACAAUUGUGUUCUUACUUUAUUGAAAAG